AUGUCGACCCCGAACCUGCACAUGAUCUUGCUCGCUAUUUUUGCGACCUUCGCCGUCUCAACUCGCUGCAACAUGAAUCAAUCCCCACAUGGCGUCGCUCUCUUCAUCUUUGGGGACUCCCUCGCUGAUGCAGGGACCAACAAUUACAUAAACACCACCUCCUAUUUCAAGGCGAACUUUUAUCCCUAUGGAGAGACUUUCUUCCAUUAUCCCACAGGAAGACCAUCGAACGGCCGCCUAACUGUCGAUUUCAUCGCUGAAUAUGCAAAGCUACCGUUCAUUCCACCGUAUGUGCGGCUGCAAGAACAUGGAUUCAUGGGAGGGGCGAAUUUUGCUGGCGGUGGAGCCGGUGCUUUGGUUGAUACUUUUCAAGGACUUGUGUCAAACUUGCACAUGCAGUUGAAGCAAAUGGAAGAGCUAGAGAAGAUAUUGAGGAAAGAACUGGGCAAUGAGAAGGCAAAGACAAUAAUUUCCGAGGGUGUUUACUUUAUAUGCAUAGGAAGCAAUGACUACGUGGCGAGGGUUGCUGAUAAUCCUACUCCGUUUCAGUCCAUUUCCAUGGAAGAUUACGUGGGGAUGGGAAUAUAUGAAGUAGGAGGAAGAAAAUUUGCAGUGAUGGGAGUAGGGCAAAUUGGGUGUGUGCCAGGUAUGAGAUCAUCAACCAGAAACGGUUCUUGCUCGGAUGAAGUCAACAAACUCGCAAAGCUUCACAACACUGCUCUUACUGCAAUUCUCCCAAAGCUGGAGUCUCAACUGCAAGGAUUCAAGUACUCCUACUUCGACUUCUAUACUGCGCUCAGCGAAUGA